GCUCAUAACGAGGCAUGUCGAGCCAUAUGCCCCAAAAGUCUUGCUUUGACAGCAACUGCAUAAGGCAUAAAGUAUAAACAAUUAACAUGGAAGGCUUGGCUUAACAAAAUUUAUAUACACCCAGCCUUGCUCAAAUCAAUGCUGAUCCCGAAAACAGAAAAACCAAAAACAAAAACAAGAUCGCAAAAGCAAAAUAAAACACCAUAAAUAUAAAAAUUAAAGGAAGAAAAGAAAAGAAAAAGAAAAACGUUGUUCUUGUCUCCCACUCUGCAAGUGCAGACUCCAUAUGAGGGAAGUGUGCUGGAUGGCAGGGGCAAUGGCAUUGGCAUCACCUGAGAAUUGAGAUACACGGAAGAACAUAAUUCUACACGAUUUCAAACUCUGAGAGUCUGAUCGACUUACUUAAUCUCAGGAUCAUGGGACAUUUGACCAUCAUCUGAUCUUCAAUUUUGGAUCAUGGGGUGGUCUAUAAAACCCACCCCAAAGUCCAAAGAAACCUACAGAAGCGGUUUCUACUUUCUCAUGCAAUUCCUCUGAAAGCACUGCCCAUAUGCAGGGGCACCCCAUUUUCCAUGUAUGGCAAUACAAAUACGAGAGAGAGAUAAAGGCAAUAUAAUGUUCUGGUUGUCAUGUGAGGGGCACGUGCAUUAACUGAACUGUAGAGUAUAUGCUAUAAGGCCCCUACUUGAAGGAAGCAGAGGAGGGGGGUGCUCUGUUUUUCCCCUCUUCCUAUCACUCCUGAAAUUCGCUUUAGGAGGGAAGGACAAUGGAGAAGAAAAACCAAUCGAAUCAUCAAUGUGGAAUUCUUAGAUUUCCACAGCUCUUCGUAUUAGUAAUCCCUCUCUUCGCCAUUGUCGCCGCCGCUCGAGCUUUCGAUUACCGCGACGCUCUCGCGAAAUCUCUGCUGUACUUCGAAGCCCAGCGCUCCGGCCGCCUGCCUUACAACCAGCGCGUCCCCUGGCGCGACCAUUCUGGCCUCACCGACGGCCUAGAGCAAGGAGUGGACUUAGUCGGAGGAUACUACGACGCCGGCGACCAUGUGAAAUUUGGGCUGCCGAUGGCAUUCACAGUGACAAUGCUCUCAUGGGGAGUCGUUGAAUUCCGGGAACAGAUCGCGGCCGCCGGCGAGCUGGAGCACGCCCUGGAAGCCAUUAAAUGGGGAACCGAUUACUUCAUAAAGGCUCACACAAGCCCAAAUGUGUUAUGGGCAGAGGUGGGCGAUGGAGACACGGAUCACUACUGCUGGCAGCGGCCGGAGGACAUGACGACGUCGCGGCAGGCUUACAAGAUCGACGAGAACAAUCCGGGGUCGGAUCUCGCAGGAGAGACGGCGGCGGCCAUGGCUGCGGCGUCAAUCGUGUUCAGGAAAACAAACCCACAUUAUUCCCACCUGCUGUUGCACCAUGCCCAACAGUUGUUUGAGUUUGGGGAGAAGUACAGGGGAAAGUAUGAUGAGAGGGUGGAGGUGGUGAAGAGGUACUAUGCGUCGGUGAGUGGGUACAUGGAUGAGCUGCUGUGGGGGGCAGUGUGGCUAUACAAGGCCACCGACAGGGAGGACUUCUUCAGCUAUGUCAUUAACAGGGCUCACUGCUUCGGUGGGAUUGGCUGGGCCAUUACCGAGUUCAGCUGGGAUGUCAAGUUCGCUGGCCUCCAAAUCCUUGUUGCCCAGUUGCUGGAGAACGAGAAACACAAGCAGCACGCCCACAUUCUGCAGCAGUACCGCUCCAAAGCAGAGCACUACCUCUGCGCCUGCCUCAGCCUCAACAAUGCCACCGCUUCCAACGUCGACCGCACCCCCGCCGGCCUCCUCUUCGUCCGCCAGUGGAACAACAUGCAGUACGUCUCCACCGCCGCCUUCCUCCUCACCCUCUACUCCGACUUCCUCCGCCGCUCCGCCCAACCCCUCCGCUGCCCCGCCGCCUCCGCCUCGCCCGACCAACUCCUCCGCCUUGCCCAUUCCCAAAUCGACUACAUUCUGGGGUCCAACCCCAUGAACAUGAGCUACCUGGUGGGUUACGGGUCCAGGUACCCCACCCGGGUGCACCACAGGGGCGCCUCCAUAGUGUCGUACAGAGAGAACAAGGGGUUCAUCGGGUGCACCCAAGGGUACGACAACUGGUACAGCCGCUCCGACCCCAACCCGAAUGUUCUGGUCGGGGCCCUGGUCGGAGGACCCGAUUGCCGGGACAAUUUUUGGGACCAGAGAGGGAAUUAUAUGCAGACGGAGGCCUGCACCUACAAUACCGCGCCGUUGGUGGGAGUGUUUGCGAGGUUGGCGGAGUCGGAGACUAGCCGACGGCCAAAUGGGGAUGAGGAUUCAGCUCUGAUUGCGUCUUACUAGAAUAAAAAAAAUAUAUUAUAGGGAGUAUGGGUAUUUGUUUUUCAUAUAUAAUUAGUGCCUUUUUUGGUGGCUCAACGCAAGGUGUUGGAGCCAAUUUUAUAUUAUUGCUAUAUAUAUAUUGUGUUUAUAUGAUUAGUGUGUAAAUGUGAACAGCUUGUUUAUGAUUAUUGAAUUGUUUUAAAUUUUAAAUUUUUGAUUAA